GGGGAUGGUUUCGGAAGCUUGGGGUUCGGCUCGGUGGUUCUCGCUGUCACUGUCUGGCUCUCAUUGCUGGGGUGGUGCAGCUUCUCCCUCAUCUCCAGCGGCGAUUGCUUCAGCUGAGUCGUGACCGUGUCUCUCUCUGUGUGUGACAGUCACCAUGAUUCCUGACAAGACACCUGUUGAAAAAGACGUCUAUCAUGCUGCUCCUGAAGUUGUCAAUGGAGCUCAUGUCCCAAAUUUCCAAAAGUACAAGGAUCUUUACUUACAGUCCAUACAGAACCCAGAAGAGUUCUGGGAGGAAAUUGCAAAAGACUACUACUGGAAAACUCCUAAAACUGGCAAUUUCUUGGAUUAUAACUUUGAUCUCACAAAAGGAAAAAUUUACAUCAAAUGGAUGGAAGGUGCCACCACCAACUUAUGCUAUAAUCUCUUGGACAGAAAUGUUAAUGAGAAAAAACUGGGGGAUAAAAUUGCAUUUUACUGGGAGGGGAAUGAUCCUGGAGAUUGUAUGAAAGUGACUUACAAAGAACUCUUACAGCAGGUCUGCAAAUUUGCCAGUGUCCUGCGAACUCAUGGAGUGAAGAAGGGAGACAGAGUUUCAAUCUACAUGCCAAUGAUUAUAGAAUUGGUUGUUGCCAUGUUAGCUUGUGCCAGAAUAGGGGCAAUACAUUCCAUUGUGUUUGCAGGUUUUUCUGCAGAAUCUGUGUGUGAACGAAUUCUGGAUUCUCACUGUUCUCUUCUAAUUACAGCAGAUGGAUUUUACAGAGGGGAUAAACCCAUAAACUUGAAGCAGAUAGCGGAUGAAGCACUCAGGAAGUGCAGACAGAGGAACUUCCCUGUUCGAAAGUGCAUUGUCAAAAAACACCUUGGAGUUACAGAAGCCACAGAAGAAACUUGUACAGAUAAAGUUUCAAGUAACGCACAGUCGCCACCUGCAAAACGAUCCUGCUACAACCUCCAGGAUAAGGACAAUAAGAAAGCAAAGAAUGUUCAUCAUGAGAUGCAGACUCCAUGGAAUGCAGAUGUUGACAUCUGGUGGCAUGAUUUAAUGAAGGAAGCCAGUGAUGAAUGUGCACCUGAAUGGUGUGAUUCUGAAGAUCCUCUCUUUAUCCUGUACACUAGUGGAUCAACAGGAAAACCAAAGGGUGUGCAACACACAGUUGGGGGCUAUCUUCUUUAUACUGCUACAACCUUUAAAUAUGUGUUUGACUACAAACCUGAUGAUGUGUAUUGGUGUACAGCUGAUAUCGGGUGGAUUACAGGCCACUCCUAUCUCGCUUAUGGACCUCUGGCCAAUGGUGCUACAAGUGUUAUGUUUGAAGGUGUACCGACUUACCCAGAUGUAAGUCGACUCUGGGAGAUUAUUGACAAAUACAAAGUGACAACAUUUUACACUGCACCCACGGCUAUUCGAUUGCUCAUGAAAUAUGGAGAAGAACCAGUUAAAAAGUUUAGUAGGGAGUCUUUGAAAAUCCUUGGUACAGUGGGAGAACCAAUAAACCCAGAGGCCUGGCUUUGGUACUAUAAUGUAGUGGGUAACAGGAAAUGUCCAAUUAUGGAUACCUUUUGGCAGACUGAGACUGGUGGUCACAUGAUAACUCCUCUUCCAGCUGCCAUCCCACUAAAGCCAGGGUCAGCUAGUUUUCCCUUUUUUGGUGUUGUUCCCGCCAUUCUCAAUGAAUCUGGAGAAGAACUGAAAGGAGUGGCGGAAGGUUAUUUGGUAUUCAAGAAGCCUUGGCCAUCCAUAAUGCGUACAAUUUAUGGCAACCAUCAGCGGUAUGAAACCACUUAUUUUAAGAAGUUUCCUGGAUAUUUUGUCACAGGAGAUGGCUGCAGGAGAGAUAAAGAUGGUUAUUACUGGAUCACUGGAAGGAUUGAUGACAUGCUGAAUGUAUCUGGGCAUCUUUUGAGUACAGCUGAAGUGGAGUCUGCAUUAAUAGAGCAUGCUGCUAUAGCUGAAGCUGCUGUUGUUAGUCACCCCCACCAUAUAAAAGGAGAAUGCCUCUACUGCUUUGUCACUCUGAGGGAUGGACAUGAAUUUACUGACACACUGAUCUGUGAACUAAAAGAUCAAGUUCGAGAAAAAAUAGGACCUAUUGCCACUCCUGAUUACAUACAGAAUGCUCCUGGGUUGCCAAAAACCCGUUCUGGUAAAAUUAUGAGACGCAUUCUGAGGCAGAUUGCCCGAAAUGAGAAGGAUCUUGGAGAUACGUCAACUCUUGCAGAUGGGGCGGUUAUAGAAGAACUCUUCAACAACAGGUGUAAAACAGCUUAAAACAGAGAUUCUGUUCCUCAAUUUAAAUUGCAGUGUAAAACUUGUAAUUUAACAAGUAUAUGUGCAUGCUUGGGGAAGAGCAAACAAGAUCUAUUGGAUGUCUGAGUCUAAAGGACCAGAAGAAGCACUAGUUACAUAGAUUAUGGUGAUGAAUGAUUGACUUGUGGAUGAUAGUCUUGUUGCUUUAUCUUUUUUGAUGCAUAUCUUUUAUAAGGGAAAUAAUAUGAAUAAACUAUCCAUUAGUAAUAUGGUUGAUUAAGUUGUUGUAACUUUUUUUAAAAAGCACCACUUUGAAUAUCUUUGUUUUAAUUGCAUUGUAUUAUCUGUAUUUUUAUAUUUUUUACUUUGCUUUGGAGUCAAUAUAACAACCAAACAUUCCAAGCUAUUUUAAACACAAGUUUGAACAAAUUAUAUUUAACAAAUAUACAACACUUAUGAAAAUAUGAAAAUUAGUUGAUUGAUAAAUAUUUCCAUUGUGGAUAGCAGAAAAAUAUCAGGCUGUAUUGUGUGUUUUUGCUUUCCCUGUCCAAUGCCAUUUAAAAUUUCAAUUGUCCCUUUCUGUCUGGAGUGUUAACAGUUAUGGACACUACCUUAAAUACCUUUUUUUACUGUGAAAUUAGAGAGGAUAUACUUUUUGGGGUAAAAAAUAAAAAAGUGCAUUAUACUUUUAAUCCUUGAAGCAUUAAUCCCAGCAUUUCUUCAGGUAACUAUGGAGAUACUGUUUAUUUACCAGACAAGAAUUUUAAACCAGGUGAGCAACAAUUGUUUGUGUGGAACAAUUAGAGCUGUACAAAGCCAUAUUUUUUAUUGAACAAAAAUGAAGCUAUUUAUGUUUGCAAAUGUUGUACCUUGUACACUGGCAGUGCAUUAACUGUUAAAUGUGAUGGUGAUGUGUAUACUCCAAUUAAAGCUUCUCAUAUAAAUCAA